AUACAAAUAGUUUUGAUAUCAAAGGGAAUAGUAAACUUUUCGUUUUCGUAUGCAAAAGUUUCUCAAAUAAAAUAGCAAAUUUUAAGUGGCUCGUCACGUUUCAAAUUAUUAUGUCGUCCGUUUUAGUACAAAGGCUUUGGGGCGUGGUUUGGUCCUCCGGAUCGCUGUGCCGCAUUCGCCAGCAUGCCAGUCAAGUCGCCCAGCAGUUGAUCAAGGAGGACAGUGAAGAAAGACGCGUCUACGACGAGCCGUACGUGAUCUUCCAGAACUGGCUGAUAAACGCCCAGAAGGAGGCGCCUCAGGUGCGACCGCGCCUCGCCUGCAUGGCCACCGUGGACAAGGCGGGCGAGCCUGUGACCCGGCUGACCAGCAUCGAGGAGGUGAGUGCCGACGGGAUCACGUUCUUCACAACCCUGGGCAGUCGGCAGGCGGGCGAGAUCAGCGCCAAUCCGCACGUGUCGCUGCACUUCAACUGGGCGCCACUCAUGCGCAGUGUGCGCAUAGCGGGCUCGGCCCACCAGCUGUCGGACCAGGAGGCGCAGGAGCAGUUCCGCCGAUACCCCCGCCACAUCCAGAUGUGCAUCACCCAUGGACCGCGCUACGCCGCUGCCGACUGGCAGUCCCGCUCGGGGUUCCUCGCGCGGAUCGUGCAGCGCUUGAACGACUGGCUUGGCAGGGCUCCGGAGGAGAUCCCCAUGCCGCCCAACUGGGGUGGCUUCAUCCUGACGCCCAGCCUCUUUGAGUUCGGAAUGCUCAGCGGACAGAAGGCGGGCAGGACUCGAGUGCGCUUCCGCCGCUGCCUGGAAAUGCCAAGGGGAGCGAGAGUUGGAAACGUUCAAGCAGAGAGACAAGAUUGGGUCUAUGAUAUGUCUGAGGAAAACUGAAGUGGAAAUUCCUUAAAAACCGAUUCGGCAUGAAUAUCCUCUCUAUGUGAUAACUCAAAAUUCCACUUAUUAUUUUCAUGGCCAUCCUGUUAUGUGUGCAUUUCCAUUCAAGGCUAAAUUUUAGUUCAAUUAAAAUCAAUUGUCCAACUAAUCAAAACAAAUAAAUGAGACGGUUUACUAAUUA